AUGGGAGGAGGCAACGGUCAGAAGUCCAAGAUGGCUCGCCAGAGGAACAUGGAGAAGCAAAAAGCUUCUGCCAAAGGAAGCCAGCUUGAGUCAAACAAGAAAUCAAUGACAAUACAGUGCAAGGUGUGCAUGCAGGUUUUUAUUUGCACCACGUCUGAGGUGAAGUGCAGGGAGCAUGCAGAAGCAAAACAUCCCAAAUCUGAUGUUUAUACAUGUUUCCCUCACCUUCAGAAAUGA